GCGGGGGGGAGGGAAGGGCAAGAGCGCUGAGGAGAGGCCGGCGGGAGAGGCUCAGCAGGCCCCGAACCAUGAGGCGGCGGCGGUGGCCUGAGGAGGAGGUGGAGCAGCAACAGCAGCAGCCCUAAGGGGAAGCAAGGCUAGGCCCAAAAGCCCAGGAGGACGGAAAGAGAAAGAGGCGGGCGGGCAGGCCGGGCCCAGCCAUGGACAAUCAGUGCACGGUCCAGGUGAAGUUGGAGCUGGGGCACCGCGCCCAGCUACGGAAGAAGCCCACCACCGAAGGGUUCACCCAUGACUGGAUGGUGUUUGUGCGUGGCCCAGAACAAUUCGAGAUCCAGCACUUUGUGGAGAGGGUGGUCUUCCGGUUGCAUCAGAGCUUCCCUAAACCGAAACGUGUUUGCAAAGAACCUCCUUAUAAAGUGGAAGAGUCUGGCUAUGCUGGCUUCAUUAUGCCCAUUGAAGUCCACUUCAAAAAUAAGGAGGAACCGAAGAAAGUUUGCUUCACCUACGAUCUUUUCUUGAAUUUGGAGGGGAAUCCGCCUGUCAACCACCUGCGCUGUGAGAAGCUGACCUUCAACAACCCCACCAAGGAAUUCCGCCGAAAACUAAUCAGGGCUGGUGGGGUGGUGGUAAUGCCAGAAGGUGCCGAAACAGUGUCCAGGCCCAGUCCUGACUACCCCAUGCUACCCACAAUACCGCUCUCUGCCUUCUCUGAUCCAAAAAAGACCAAACCGCCCCAUGGGUCAAAGGAGGCCAACAAAGACAGCAGCAAAGCUUCCAAGCCACACAAGGUCACCCGGGAGCAUCGUGAGAGGCCCAGGAAAGACUCGGAGAGCAAAAACUCCUCCAGGGAUCUUGAAAGGGAGCCGGGUAAACCUGCGAAGGACUCCUCCAGGAAACCCACCGAGAACAAGGUGUCCAAGGAGGAGAAGACCCUCCCGAAAGCUGCUUUCAAGGAGCCCAAGCUGGCUCUGAAGGAGCCCAAGCUGGAGAACACGUCGCCAAAGGGUGGUCCUCCGCCGCCGGAGAUGAAGCCUUCCAGCAAAAGGCCCCCUGCGGUGGAGUCUCCAAAACCCAGCGCUAAGAAGCCGAAGAAGAGCAGCUCCAAAGGAGCCAAGACCGUCCCGGCAACGUCCCCUCGGACUUCCUCUUACGCCGAGAAGAAGCCAGCCAAGGAGAAGCCGAGCGCCAAAGUGGAGAAGAUGAAAACGGAGAGCGAAACUAAGGCGAUCAAGAAACCCAUGGAGGUGGCGGUGGCAGAGGACUCCAAUUCUGAGGAUGAAGCUUCUCUGAAGUCAGAGUCUGCCCCAUCCAGCCCUUCCAACUCCAGCUCCAGCUCCGACUCCAGCUCUGACUCUGAUUUCGAGCCAUCUCAGAACCACAGCCAAGGGCCUCUGCGCUCCAUGGUCGAGGACUUGCAGUCGGAAGAGUCUGACGAUGAUGACAGUUCUUCUGGGGACGAGACGGCGGUCAAGGCGGCUCCCAUCAGCAGGGAUGCGAGACUCAGCCACAGCGAUAGCGACAGUGACAACAGUGAGGACUCCUGCCUUCCGAGUCGGGAGCCUCCUCCCAACCAGAAACUACCCCCCUCUAACAAUAAGGUAACUGGGAGGAAGAGCCCAGAGUCCUGCAGCAAGCCAGAAAAGAUUCUGAAGAAAGGGACCUAUGACAAGGCCUACACUGAUGAGUUGGUGGAACUUCAUCGGAGGCUGAUGGCUUUACGGGAACGAAAUGUGCUUCAGCAGAUUGUAAAUCUCAUUGAGGAAACCGGACAUUUCAAUGUCACCAACACAACCUUCGACUUUGACUUGUUCUCCUUGGACGAAACGACCGUCCGCAAGCUGCAGAGCUACCUGGAGGCCGUGGCUACGUGACCCUUGGCUUCUGAAGCGGGACGCUUUUUUUUAAAACCAGAAUCCCUGUCUUUUCGGUACCAGGAAAUGGACUCGUGGACCUUGGCCGCCGCCUUAUCCUCUCGAUUCACCUGAAGCACUGCCUUAGGGAUCAGCCACGCUCUAGGAACACGCUGCUGCUGCUGCUGCCGCCGCCGCUUCUGCUGCUGCCGCCGCCACCAGCUCCUCCUCUUGGGCUUCAGCCGAGCGCUCGUCCUUGGCGAGCCUGUCCUCCUUCGCUUCAGAAGCUUUGCUUGGAACUGGUAGAGUAAAAGCUGCGCUGGUCCUAGCCGCGACACCGUGCUCUCCUUGGUUGUUUGGUUGUUGCUGUUUUUUUAAUUCCGGCUUUUUAAAUUUUAGAACGAGAUUCUCUUAUGUGUGUGUGUUUUUAAAAAAAAGAAUGCACGUUUGAGGCAUCCUAUUUUAAGUUCGGGAUAAAACUCAGCUGUCGUUUCUGCGCAGAACCUACGGACAUGAAAACAACCUGGCCUGCAGGCGUCGCAAGGCUUGGCGCCCCCCCCCUUGCCUCUUCCCGCUGCCUCACCCCAGGUCACAUGGAGAGACUUCCGAUCAGAUCAGGGCAGGCAUUGGUGCAGCCAAAUCACACGACUUGCCCAGAGGACAGCCACCCAUGUUGGGGCCGGUGGAGUAUUGUGGGGCGGGUUCUUUGUGCCAGGUGCAGCGGCGCCCCGGCCUGAACUUGCUCCUCCGCGUGUGGGACAAUUUCCGGAACGUACUUGCGCCCACUGACGGGCGCCUGCCAUCUCGCACUUGAGGCUUUCGAUGUGGUGCUGGAUCCAGUUCCCCAAACGAGCCUUUUUUUUUCCUUUCCCCCUGUUUGAUCUGCUUUAACUGUAAGGACUAUGUUACUGUACGCUGUCCUGUUCUGUCAUUCUCACGUACAUAUAUAUGAAUGACGUAUACCUCUAUAUAUGUCAUUUAUAUAUAUUUACAUAUAUAUAUAUAAGUGUAAGAAGGGCCUAAUCGGGUCUUAAGGUCUCAAAAGGGGGGGGGUGUAGGGGUUUUGCGUGGGAGGGCAUUGAUAUUUUGUUUCCGUUUCAUUUUUUUAAAGUUGCAGUGGCAGAUAGGGAGGGGGGGGUAAAGUACGGUUUGACCUGUUUCUUCAACAUACCUGUGGGCAGAUAAUUUUUUUGCAUAUGGAAACCAAGCAAAUAUCCUGAAGAUCUCUCUCCCCCCCCCCCCCGUUUCUCCAAAAGGGACAGAUCUGUGUUGCUCUUUCUUACUUUCUUCAUUUGCCAUCAGUGUUCAAAUAACUUUUUGCCAAAAUGCAUUACCACCAUUGCCGUUUUGCAAAGAAACGUCCCCCCCCCACCCCACCCCCCCGGUCAGUUUCUAUGAAAUCAGUUGGCCCAGGGGUGGGGAAGAGAUGAACUGACUCAGAGGAGCUUUCGCUUGAGAGUUUGUCUUUCUCCUCCUCUUUAUUUUAAAACACCUGCACGGUCACAAAGGUUUUGAAAACAAAACUUUGGCGGGUGCUGGACAACACUAAUUGGAAUAUUUGUCAGUAUUCCUUGCUUGGCUAAGUUUUUGUGCAUGGGGUGUAGGGGGUGUAGGGGGAAGACCCUGAAGUAUGCAGAAACUGCCCACCCCCCAGAUGCAAACACACACGUGGUUUUAGCAUUUUAGAGGUGCAGCUUACCUUCCAAACAAGAGUCUUAAAUCUUUUGCCAAAUGUUACAGGACUACUGAUGGUGGUGGUGAUGCUGUUUGUGUUGCGGCACAUGGGGUGGGGGGUUGGCCAGAAGAUUUUGCUUUGAGCUCUCUUAGGAGUCCUAAAGUGAGUGCACAGGGGCCCCUUGCGGAAGCGGUGUUUUUAAACCUGACAGUUUUAGUCUCUUCUGGGUUCCUUCCCCUCUCUUCCCCCCGCCUGCAAAAGUUACAACUAUUAUGUGGCAAUAAGCUGAUCUGCGUUAGGUCAUGUUGACCCCAAAUCCUAUUUUGAGCUUUCCUUUUUUUUAACUUCUUGUCCGUGUGUCUUGUUUGUCUUUAUAAGAUGCCAACUUCCAGAGCUGCUCUGUUGCAAUGACUCAGCUGUGUCUCAUAUCUGGCCAGUCGUUCUGAGCCUCAGAAUUUGGGAAAAUUCCAGAGAAGACUCUGCUGUGCCAACAGAAAAGAAAUGGAGAAUAGUAGGAGAGCUUUCUGUGCUUGUUGAGGUGCUUCCACUUUGAGUUUGAUGGGGGCGCUGCUAGUGGAGGGAGGGGGCUCAUGAGCCAUGGGCCCCUCGUUCCUUCUGAAAGUUCCCCAAGGGUUUCUGGGUGCCUAAUGAAUUGGGCUGAAAGGGGUUCCCAGUGUGGCAAAAAGUUACUACUACACCACUCUGUUUGUUACCCAGGCGAGGGACCUACUCUUAAAAUAAAACACAGAACCAAAUCUUACCACACUGGGCAGGAUGAUCGAAGAGACUACAUAACUUUAAACGUAACCCCUUACCCAGAGAUGAUUUGAGGUUAAUUAAUGGAGGGCGUAAUGAGGAAGCAAAUGGACCUUGAGCAGCAUCUGCCGGGGGAAAUGGAAUUGGGGUUAAAUGAGUUGAAGAGAGAAUCAUUUGGGAUGGGAUGGGAUGCAGUUUAACUGAAUUAGUUUAUCUGGGGCGUGCCUCUAGCUGGCUUGCCUCUAAAUUUGUGUGUAUACAUAUGUUUGAGCGCUUGUAUGUAUACGUAUAGAUAUAUAUACACCCACACACAUUUGUGCCCAUGCCCCCCGAUUUUUUUACAAGGACCUUGGCAACACCCCUGGAGCUCAGCAACGCUGCCUUGCUAUGCUUGGGGUAAGCAGGCAACAUGGAUGCUGUGCAGCCUCAGGAUGAGGCCUGAUUCCAGCCACGGGUACUGCAAGGCCUCCUUUCCAAAGCAAGAACAGGCAUUUGUCAACCCCCCUGCACAGCUCUCUCUCCGGCUCCCAAUGCCAGUAUCCAUUCAUUCCAGAUGUUGUGUCUUUGCGUUUGGAAGUUUCCUUGAGAACAAAAGGCACCCGAGAGGGUGGCGGAGAAGCCUUUCCCCUCCGUGCUUCCUCCUGGAUGUUGCCCCCCCCCCCCACCAGGCAGCUGCGUUCUUGGGUGAGCGAGAAGAGGUGGGGCUCUCUUGGGUCAGGGCAGCCUCUCCCGAAACUUAAGUAUUAAUCGCUCAGGGGGGUGCAGGGGGAGAAUGAACAUUUGCAAGAAGUUGGGGGGGGAGGUGUUUUCUUCCACUAUUAAAAAAUGUAUUUUAUAGAUUUUUU